AUGCAUUUAUGGAAGCACGAUUUUCGAGGCAGGGUGCUGGUUGUUGCCAUCGCCCUGGCGUCCUGCCAGGCAUUCCUGUUGCUAGGCUUCGAUCAGGGCGUCAUGAGUGGGCUGGUCGGCGCGGACAACCGGUUCGGACGCGACUUUGAUAACCCAGACGCAAACAUGCAAGGAAAUAUCACCGCGUUGUACGAUAUCGGGUGCGUCCUCGGUUCGAUAGUCUCGUAUUUCGUUGGAGAACGACUGGGACGACGGACCAUGUUGAUAGCUGGUGGAGGAAUCAUGGUCAUUGGGACAGUGAUUCUGGCAAGCUCGGACACAGUGGCACAGUUGAUCGUCGGACGCAUUGUGACCGGCGUCGGGAACGGCAUGAACUCGUCAACGGCUCCAGUGUACCAGUCUGAAUGCGCACCGGCUGCAUACCGUGGAGCCCUCCUGACUCUACAAGGAACGGUGACAAUCCUCGGGGUCGUGAUCGCAUACUGGAUGGAUUACGGACCAAGCUUCACGGAAUCCUCGUUACAAUGGCGCUUCCCACUUGCAUUCCAGGCCGUCUUCGCCAUUUUCCUUGUUCUGCAAGUUAUCGGUCUCCCUGAGACGCCGCGCUGGCUGGUCCAGCACGACCGCCACGAAGAUGCCCGCGAAGUAGUCGCCGCUAUCACCGACCGGGACGUGAACGACCCACAAGUGGUCCGGACAGUCCUCGAUAUCCAGGUCGGCCUGGAAGAAGAGCAAAAGGGCGGGCCGUUUAAAUUCAAAGAGCUCUUCGCGUGGGGGGAGGAGCAAAAUCUUCGGCGGCUGCUCGUCAUUAUCAGCGUUGAGCUGGGGCAGCAGUUCACUGGCUCGAAUAUGAUCAAUUACUACGGCCCUGUCAUGUUCCAGACGACAAUGAACAUGGGGCGGAACCUCUCCAUGAUCCUCGGCGGUGCGAUCCAAUGUACAUACCUCGUCGGCUCGGCGAUCCCAGUCCUGCUAAUGGACCGGUUCGGCCGACGAACGUUGCUGAUAGUGUGCUCUGUUGGACUCUGCUUCUGUUUUGUCAUGGUGUCUAUUCUGCUUUCGCUGGGGAGCACGAAUGCCGCAUAUGGCGCCACCGCGUUUAUCUUCAUCUUCCAAAUCUUUUAUGGCAUUGGGUGGCUACCCGUCCCCUGGUUCUAUCCGAGUGAGAUAUCAACGACCCGCACAAGGACACGGAUGCAGGCUAUUGCAUCGGCUUGGAACUGGAUGGCCGUCUUUGCGGUCGUGAAAAUCACGCCGCUUGCGUUCCAAAACAUUGGCUGGCGUACAUUCGUCAUCUUUGCCGUGCUCAACGCGGCGUUUAUCCCCAUGGUAUACUUCUUCUAUCCGGAAACGAAAGGCUUGGAAUUGGAGGAUAUCCCGCUGCUCUUCAGCAAGGGCGGGUUCACGGGCGGGGUGUUUUCGUCCAAAGGUGGGCGGACCGUCACGCCUGGGCAGCAUGCAAUGCAGACGAACGUUGACCGCAAGGUUGAGCGGAUGGGAAUUGAGCUGGAGCAGGUUGAAACUGUUGCUUGA